AAAUCAUAGAUAUCAUAUAUAUAGUGCUUUAAAUUCCGCAACCCCGGGUUUUUCGAAUUCAUUCACCGACAAAAUUUGCCUUGUGUGGUCGUCUCGCUAAAAAGCGAAGUAUUGUGGUUUUGUUGUGUCGAACCUAGGUUCUGAAAUGCCAUCGCCAGAAGAGAUUGAAGCACAGAGUAAGGUCUUUAAUGACCCAAUUCAUGGUCACAUUAAAUUACACCCAUUGCUGGUCAAAUUUAUUGACACACCUCAGUUCCAACGGCUGCGAAACAUAAAGCAGUUGGGUGGGAAUUACUUUGUAUACCCUGGAGCUUCUCACAACAGAUUUGAACACUGCAUUGGCACUUGUCAUCUUGCUGGAGAACUGGUUAAACUUUUAAAGAGAAAACAAAGUGAUCUGAAUAUAGACGACAAGGAUGUUUUGUGUGUGCAAAUCGCAGGCCUCUGCCAUGACCUUGGCCAUGGACCGUUCUCUCAUAUGUUCGAUUUGAAAUUUCUGCCAUUAUUUCGAAAAUCAAAUGAUCCAGAGUGGACUCAUGAGGUUGGGUCACGUGAUAUGCUUCGCUACAUGAUAAAUGAUAACGACCUUCAAAAAGAAGCUAACAGAUAUGGACUUGAUAUUCGACCAGACGUCACGGGAUCAGAUUUUCAAUUCAUCACUGAGAUGAUAACAGGACCCUCUGGAAAGGAAUAUGUGGGAAAAGAUAAGAAGAAGCAUUUUCUUUAUCAGAUUGUCUCAAAUGAAAUAAACAAAGUAGAUGUCGACAAAUGGGACUACCUGGCUCGUGACUGCCACCACCUGGGCUUAAAAAACAGUUUCGACCAUAUACGUUUCAUGCACCAUUUAAAAGUCCUUGAAGUGGACGGUGUACCUCAAAUAUGCGUCAGAGAUAAGGAAGCUUCAAACUUGUAUGAGUUGUUUCAUAUACGAUCUAAGCUGCAUCUGUCUGCUUAUCAACACAAAACCAAAACCUCUGUGGAAACCAUGAUAUGUGAUGCUAUGGAAUUAGCAAAUGAUCAUGUUAAAUACUGUGGGAAAGAUGGGAAAGAAUAUACAAUAGCAGAAUGUGUAAACGAACCUUCAGCUUUUAUCAAGCUAACAGACCAUGUUUUUCAUGAGAUCUUGCAUUCAAAAAAUAACUGUCAUGCAGACAUGCAGAAAGCAAAGGAAAUUUUAAAAAGAAUUCAAAAACGAAACCUUUAUCGGUGUAUAGGGACCAAGAAACUCACAGGCACAUCUAAACAGCAAAAGGAAAAUGAGAAGAAAAUUAAAGAAGAAUUCAAAGAAAAACGCGGGCACCAUGUAAAUGUUAAAAGAUACGAUUAUGGAAUGAAAGAAAAAAACCCUUGUGAAGCAUUUAUGUUUUACUCAAAAACAUCUAAUAAACCAUUUCAAAUGAAAAAAGAGGAAGUUUCUAAAUUGUUGCCAGAUGUUUUUCAGGAUUGCGAAUUUCAAGUGUUUUGCAAAGAUCCUGAAAAGCUUGAAGCCGAAAAACUACACUUUGAUGAGUGGUGGGAAAAAAACAGAUCAGAAAUUCAACCAGAGAAUUCAAAGAGUUAAAGGAUAUCUUAUCAUAUAAUCAAGGCUCUGAAAUGGUUUGAAAAUUGAUUUCUGAUGCAUUCCUUCUAAUGAAGCAUUCACUGUUAUAGCAUUUGUAAAUACUUUGUGCCUUUUAAAUGGAAUUUAACUUAUUCUUAUGCUAAAAGCUGUUUUAUUUUUUUAACAGAUUUUAAUGUAGAACCAGUAUUUUUACCUGGACCUUUUAAUCCUUAUUGGCAUUAGCUGUAUUUAUUAUUGACCUUUCUUUGAUUUCCUACUACAGUGUAUUCUAUCUAGUCUGAAUUAUUAAGCUAAAACCUAAUUUGGCAUUUUCUGAUUCGUUACAUUUUGGAAAAUGGUAAAAUACCUUUUUUUCUAUCUAUUAAGCUAAAACCGAAUUUGGCAUUUUCUAAUUCGUUACAUUUUGGAAAAUGGUAAAAUACCUUUUUUUCUAUCUAUUAAGCUAAAACCGAAUUUGGCAUUUUCUAAUUCGUUACAUUUUGGAAAAUGGUAAAAUACCUUUUUUUCUAUCUAGUUUGAUUUUUUUAAACACAAAAAUUAUUCGGCUAAAAUGUAAUUUGGUAUUUAAUAUAUUAUAUGCAUGUAAUAAUAGCAGGUAAUUUUAUUAACAUAUUUUUUUGAAAAAAUUGUAAAGUAAUAUUUAUAAUAUAUAUAUAUAUAUAUAUACAUGUAGAACUUAUGAAAACCCAGGGAAUAUUUUGUAACAUUAGUAAUAUAUAAUCUGAUUAUAUAAUGAUUUUUGUUGUGCUGUCUUAAAAUAGUUCAAAUUUCAUAAUCUGGCCUGCUGUUCUAAAUGUAGUUAAGAGCACUUUUCUAAUAUAAGUUAAUGUUCUUAACUUCUGAAUGAAUUUCAGUCCGUUCUUCACUGUUUUGUGGCAAUCGUUGUGACAAUGUUUUUCGUUAAUUUUAUCUAUACAAAAUUUUAACACUAAAUUUGUUAAGUAAAUACUAUUGAUAUAAAUGAAAUUGUUUGAAUACCGUUUAGUAUAUUUAAUAUAGAUUAAAAUAUUUGAUUGAGUGAUUCAAUGAUAUACAGUGUUUCAUGGAAAAUAAAUGAGUUAUCAG